GGGCGGGACGGGGUAGGAACUCGUCUCCGUAUUUAGGAGAGAAGGCGGUCUCGGGGCGUGGCUGUAGCAGUGGGAAGGUGAGCAGUGUGGGUUGAUGCUGUGUGACCUUCCCUUGUGAGUGUGACAGGAAGAAGUCACAAUGGCCCUGCUUAGAGGAAUUUUUAUUGUUGGCGCCAAAAGAACCCCCUUCGGGACAUAUGGGGGGCUGUUAAAAGACCACACAGCGACUGAUCUGGGUGAGAUUGCAGCGAAGGCCGCACUUGCAGCCGGGAAGGUGUCCCCUGAGGUUGUGGAUAGCGUCAUAUUUGGCAACGUUGCUCAGACCGCUUCCGAUGCCAUCUACCUGGCCAGGCACGUGGGUCUGCGGGCAGGUGUUCCGAUCCCUGUACCAGCGCUUACAGUUAACCGGCUCUGUGGGUCUGGAUUCCAGUCAAUUGUCAAUGGAUGUCAGGAAAUCGGCCUCAGAGAAUCAGAGAUUGUGAUGUGUGGAGGAUCAGAGAGCAUGAGCCAAGCACCCUACGCUGUUCGGAACAUCCGCUUUGGUACCAAGCUGGGAGCAGACAUUAAGAUGGAAGACAUUUUGUGGGCUGCGCUAACCGACUCUCACAUCAAGAUCCCCAUGGCAAUCACUGCUGAGAAUCUAGGGGCGAAAUAUGGCAUCACCAGGGAAGACUGUGACAAAUACGCCUUUCAGACGCAGCAGAGAUGGAAAGCCGCUCAGGAUUCUGGAUAUUUUGCUGCUGAGAUGGCUCCUAUUGAACUAAAAUCAAGGAAAGGCCCUAUCAAAAUGGAACAGGAUGAGCACCCCAGGCCGCAGACUACACUAGAACAGAUGGCCAAGCUCCCUCCUGUGUUCAAGAAGGAUGGAAUGGUGACUGCAGGAAACGCAUCGGGAAUAUGUGAUGGAGCUGGUGUUGUGUUAUUGGCUAGUGAAGAAGCAAUUUCCAAGCACAAUCUCACCCCACUUGUGAGAAUAGUGGCUUAUCAUGUGUCUGGAUGUGACCCCAACAUUAUGGGCUUUGGGCCGGUCCCUGCCAUCACUGAAGCCCUGAAGAAAUCAGGAUUAACUCUCCAAGACAUGGACCUUGUAGAGGUAAAUGAGGCUUUUGCUGCUCAGUACCUGGCUGUGGAGAAAGCCCUGGGCCUUGAUCGCGAGAAGACAAAUGUUAGUGGUGGGGCCAUUGCCCUCGGACAUCCCCUGGCAGCAUCCGGAUCUCGAAUCAUUUCCCAUCUGACACAUGAACUGAAGCGCCGUGGGGGCAAAUACGGUGUAGGAUCGGCCUGCAUAGGAGGUGGUCAAGGUAUUGCCAUCAUCCUUGAGAAUCUCUCCUAAACCAAUCAGGAUGUGAGAAAGUCCGCUGAAGGGAGGAUCUUAGCAUCCGAUCAUGAUAUCCUUUUGUAAUGAAACUAGUAACAUCUGCUUUUGGGACUUAAGGAAUGUUAACAUUGAGCACUGCUACUAUUUGUCCUGGAAGCACUGAAACUAAAUGAACCAAUCACUUCUUUCCACUGGUAACGGAUAAACAUGGUCCUUGAAGUCUUUAUACACACAAACUUGCUGCGGAGCGCUGAUCGGAGCAAUCCAGGAGACAGACUCAUAUAAUAUCAAUUCGGCUUUAUUUCAACGCUUAAAAUUGUGUUUUGUGACAAAACGUCACUCGAUUCCCCUUCCGUCCCUAAUAUGCAAAUUUGGAUUCGGUUUGGCCGGGCAGAAGGAUUCAGCCGAAUCCGAAUCCUGCUGAAAAAGUCCGAAUCCUGGAUUCUGUGCAUCCCUACUAACAACAGAACAAUGGGAAGGUAACCAGAUAGCCGCUCCCUAACAGCUGCCUGGUAGAUCUCAGAACAACACUCAAAAGUAAAAUCCAUGUCCCACUGAGACACAUUCAGUUACAUUGAGUAGGAGAAACAACAGCCUGCCAGAAAGCAGUUCCAUCUUUUAAAGUUCUGUUUUAUUCAAGAGGUUGUUGGCAAAAGUAUGUAAUAAUGAGCAGUAGUAGUAAUUUCAUGACACAGACUGAUGGCUGUUACACUCUGAAUGUGCCUUAUCACCUAGGGAAUAAAUUCAAAUUGACUAUACAUCUACAUUCUCUGUUCUUCAUGUUGGCUCUGUGCUGUACCUGGGGAUCAUGUGUUGACAAAAUUUCAGCAACUAUAAUAAAGCACUCACAAGAUUAAAA